GCAAACACGACAUAGACAUAGCGGACCACGUUAUAAGGGCAGGUCCCACACAUAAUUUGGUUGGCACAAUCUUUUCCCAAAGUUUCAUACUCAAAUUUCAAUUCUACUCAACUCAUACUUGCAUUGCAACUUGCUUUUGUUCUUGUUCCUACCAUUACUAUCUUUCUAUCCAACAACGCUCCAACUUGACCCUCUUGUUAUUUUCUCAUAUAUCCCUUAUUGUUGUCCUUCACUUGGGUCCAGAAUCUAAGUACACACACUUUCUAAAUUCUCUUGUUUUUUCAAUGAAGAAGCUCUGUCCCAAUCUUGACCGUGAGGAUGGGCUUGAAACGGUGCUUGAGGUUCCUAUCCCUGAGGAGAUUCUCAUCCACAAAAGUGGAACCAUUAGAGCUUGGCAGAAUAUGAAGUUGUGGAUGAAUCCACACGCUGCUGAAUCUAGAUCAUCCAUGACAACAGUUUUAGGAGGAAGGAACACAGAGAUUCAGCUCUUACUUGGUGUUGUAGGAGCGCCAUUAAUUCCUUCACCUAUCAACCCUGACAACCAACCCAUCACACGCAGCAUUAAAGACCAACACAUUGAGGUUUCAAUGGCGAAAUAUAUACUGAAACAGUAUGUGGCAGCGGUGGGAGGAGAACGGGCUUUGAAUUCCAUUGAAAGCAUGUAUGCGAUGGGGCAGGUGAAGAUGGUGACUUCAGAGUUUUCAGGAGCAGGGGAAGGUGGGGUGAAGAGUAGUAAUAAAAAGAUGAUGAAGGUGAAGAAUUUGCAGACCAAAGGAGAGGUUGGGGGUUUUGUUGUGUGGCAGAAGAGGCCAGAGUUAUGGUGCUUAGAGCUUGUGGUUUCUGGGUACAAGAUCAGUGCUGGAAGUGAUGGCAAAGUGGCUUGGAGACAAACACCAUGGCAUCAUUCUCAUGCUUCUCGUGGGCCACCAAGACCUCUUAGGCGUUUCUUACAGGGUCUUGAUCCAAGGUCCACAGCUAAUCUAUUCAGCAGCUCAACCUGCAUAGGAGAGAAAACAGUGAACAAGGAAGACUGUUUCAUCCUAAAACUCGAAGCAGAGCCAUCAUCACUGCGGGCAAGAAGCAACAGCAACGUCGAGAUCGUUCGCCACACGGUGUGGGGCUAUUUCAGCCAGAGAACAGGUCUAUUGAUUCAGCUAGAAGACUCCCACUUGCUCAAACUCAAGUCCUCCGAGACUGAUUCUAUAUACUGGGAAACCAACAUGGAAUCCUUAAUACAAGACUACAGAACCGUGGAUGGCAUUCAGGUAGCCCAUUCUGGGAAGACGAGGGUGUCGUUGUUCCGGUUCGGUGAGGGCCCUGAGACGCAUUCGAGGACGCGAAUGGAAGAGGUUUGGGAAAUUGAGGAAGUCGAUUUUAAUGUUAAAGGGUUGUCUAUUGAUUGUUUCUUGCCUCCGAGUGAUUUGAAGAGGGAGCAAGAGAAAGAAGGGUGUGAUAAUGGGGUGGUGGUUGAAACCAAUAAUGCUAAGUUACCUUACAAGAUUCGUUCUGCUUCUUUUAGGAUUAGUGCUUCCAAAGUUGCAGCAGUGAACUUGGAUGAUUCAGGUACUAGUGAGAGUGAUGAAGAUUUGUAAAAUAAAACUUUGGGCUGCAUCAUUUUUGUAAAUACACCAUCAGGUUUGUAGUUGAGCUAUAAUAUUAACAUGAUUCCUAGCUGCAAAGUACAAGACAGAACAACUUUCAGUACUCAAUGGAUACUUUUUUUGGUCAUAA